AGGAUAGAGAUAAGAGGAAAAAGGGGAAGAAAAGUUCCUGUGCUUUUAACGCCAGGAAUGCAGAAAGCAUUGGAUCUGCUUGUCAGCAAACGGCAGGAGUGUGGAGUUCCUCAUGAGAACACAUACUUAUUUGCAAGACCAUCAGCCUUCACCUGCUACCGUGGUUCAGAUUGCCUUCGACACUUUGCCAAGGUCUGUGGUGCAAAAAGUCCUGAAAGCCUCACUUCUACAAAACUACGCAAACAAACAGGAACUUUGUCUCAAGUUCUUAACCUCAGUAACACAGAACUGGAUCAGUUAGCUGAUUUUCUUGGCCAUGAUAUAAGAGUGCAUCGGCAGUUCUACAGACUUCCUGAGGGCACUCUCCAACUUGCUAAAGUUAGCAAAGUUCUCAUGGCUCUGGAAAAGGGACGUCUGGCAGAAUUCAAGGGCAAGACCCUUGAUGACAUCAGCAUUGAUCCUGAGGAGAAUGUUCACCUCGACAGCGACACUGAAGAUGUGUGUGAGUCAGGCUCACAAGAAAGUCAGAUCACAUCCAGUCAGAGAGAAGAGAAUGAGCCCACAAUGUCAGAUGUGAGCUAUAUUGAUGAAGCACCACAGCAAGGCACCACGACCCCUCCAGGACCAUGCCACGGCCAAUCACCAAAAAGAGGUCGCCAGCCUUUCAAGAGAAGAAUGUGGGAGAAAGCGGAAAUCGUUGCUGUGGAAAAGCACAUGAUGUCGUUCAUCACAACAUGUCGAGUUCCUGGGAAAAGCGAUUGCGAUAAGUGCCUUAAAGCAGAAAAAGUAGCCCUUAAAGACAGAAACUGGUUGGCUGUUAAGUUCUAUGUUAAGAAUCGAAUCACAGCUCUCAAGAACAAAGUUUAAGGUUUUGAUUUAAAAUAUGCUGACAUCUGUUAAUCUUGUUGUCACUACACGUUAAAUUCUAUCUUUACAGUACUUCGUGCUUAACAAAACAACAUUCAGUUUCAGUUUAGAGUUUCUGCUAUAUUGGACUCAUUUUGUUUAAGUUUAGUUUGUUCUAAGUUUGUUUACUAUAUUCUGUUAUCUCAUGUCAUAACUCAUCUCUUCUAAUCUUAUUUCAUGUUUACAAGCUAAAAAACACAUUGUGGCACUAUUAUUAUUAAUUAGAAU